ACACCCUCUUUCCCCUCACAAGUCUGUAGCCUAGCCGCCUUGUCCUGCCCCAGACGAAACCGUAUCUCUCUCUCUCUCUCUCUCUCUCUCUCUCUCUCUCUCUCUCUCUCUCUCUCUCUCUCAGAUUGGCGGAAAUUGAGGAGGCAGGAGCUGGCCGGAGCAACUCCCGUCCAACGAAUCCGAACGGUUGCGAGCUCAAUCACUGUUAAGAAAGGAAUCGAUCUGGGUGUUGGAGUAUACGGUGAUUUGUAGCUUCAAAACGUUUGUUCCAUCAUGCAGAGUUUGAAACUCAACUCUGCUGUUAAGCUUAUUACAUACUCUGAGGAGCUUGCGGGUGGAGAGCCGCUCUAUGCUUCUUCGAAUUGUCUUCCUGUGAAGGCCUUAAAACUUGAACCUGCUGGUCAUGCCUUCCAUUCCGCUGUUCUCAAACUGCUUGGUUGUUCAGAGGAAGCCGCAGAAAAUGAGGACAGUGGUAAGAAGGUCACCACAAAUGAUAAAGACAGUGCGUAUAUUCCAUCAUAUGAUUCAUAUACCACUAAGGGGAAGAAGAAGUCUGGCAAACAACAAGAAGAUCACUAUGCAUUGUUGGGUUUGAGCCAUUUACGAUAUCUUGCAACAGAGGAUCAAAUCAGAAAAAGCUACCGUGAAGCUGCGCUGAGGCAUCACCCGGACAAACUCGCUGCUCUUCUUCUUGCUGAGGAGACAGAAGAGGCGAAACAAGCUAAGAAGGAUGAGAUUGAAUCUCGCUUCAAGCUAAUUCAAGAAGCAUAUGAAGUUUUGAUGGACCCUAUAAGGAGAAGGAUUUAUGACUCUACUGAUGAGUUUGAUGACGAAAUCCCUACCGACUGUGCCCCGCAAGACUUCUUCAAGGUGUUUGGUCCAGCUUUUAAAAGGAAUGCAAGAUGGUCAGUUACUCAGCCUAUCCCUGAGUUGGGCGAUGAUAGUACAUCUAUGACAGGCGUUGAUAACUUCUAUAACUUUUGGUAUGGCUUUAAGAGCUGGAGGGAAUUUCCUCAUGCAGAUGAGUACGAUAUUGAACAGGCAGAAUCCCGUGAUGAUCGUAGGUGGAUGGAGAGGCAGAAUGCAAAACUCUCUGAGAAAGCUAGGAAAGAGGAGUAUGCCCGGAUUCGUACUCUUGUUGACAAUGCAUAUAAAAGAGACCCGAGAAUAGUGAGAAGAAAGGAGGAACAGAAAGCUGAGAAGCAGAGAAAGAAGGAAGCAAAGCUCCUGGCCAAGAAGCUGCAAGAGGAAGAAGCUGCCAGGGCUGCUGAAGAGGAGAAACGCCAAAAAGAGGAACAAGAAAAGCUUGCAGCAGAAACUGCUCAACAGCAGAAGAGAGCGAAGGAGAAAGAGAAGAAACUCUUACGUAAGGAACGUAUCCGACUUAGAACACUCUCAGCCCCCGUUGUUGCCCAACAUUUACUUGACAUCUCUGAGGAAGAUGUGGAGAAUCUUUGCAUGACAUAUAACACCGAGCAGCUGAGGGAUCUGUGCAAUGACAUGGAUAAGAAGGAAGGAAUGGAUUUGGCAAAGGUACUGAGAGAUGCUUGCAGCAGUAAAAACAACGUCGAAACAGACUCCUCCAAGAAGCACGAUAACGAGAAAACCUCGCAGCAGAACGGUUUUGCAGAGGCUAAUGGAAGCAGCUUUCAGAAGAAAGAGAAACCAUGGAGCAAGGAAGAGAUUGAUCUGUUGAGAAAAGGGAUGGUGAAAUAUCCGAAAGGGACGUCUCGGAGGUGGGAGGUCAUAUCAGAAUACAUCAGUACUGGAAGAUCCGUGGAGGAGAUCCUGAAGGCAACUAAAACUGUGCUUCUCCAGAAACCCGAUUCCUCUAAAGCAUUUGAUUCGUUCCUGGAGAAGAGGAAACCAGCCGCAACAAUUGCAUCUCCUCUUUCCACCCGAGAGGAGCUCGGAGAAUCAGGACCGACCUUAACCAGCGAAAACAAAAGCCGGGAAGAGUCAUCAAGUAAUCUGAGCUCAGACAGCAACAACACUGAAACAGCUACUGCUGCUUCGGGUUCAGACCAAGAUGGUUGGUCGGCAGUGCAAGAACGAGCACUGGUUCAGGCUCUGAAGACGUUCCCAAAGGAGACGAGCCAAAGGUGGGAGAGAGUUGCUGCCUCUGUUCCCGGGAAGACAGUGAGCCAGUGCAAGAAGAAGUUUGCUGAGCUGAAAGAGAUCAUAAGAAACAAGAAAUCCGCAACCUGAACUUUUACACUGGCUCGGGGCUCGGGUAAGCAGCCGUGGUUCGGUAUUCAGAUCCUGCUGCUCGUAAUAUUUUUGUUGACAGAGAAGAAGAUAAGAGGGCAUCCAUCACUACAGGCGUUGGCACUUUUAUGAGCCAGAGGCGGUUCUACUACUACUACAGUUUGGUGACUGUUUUAUCAAGGGUCGUGAAACACACAGUCACAUCACAACACUAUUCUUGUCGGUAAUUUUUAUCUUCUUUUCGGAAUUUAUAUCUGCAACUGAGCUAAACUCCUGUUCGUUUAUUGCCGGUUACAUUACAUCUAAGCUGGAACUGAGCUAAAUUCAUUGGUCCAAAUA